ACCUGUCCUGGACGCAGCAUAACUAACGAAGCUGCUGCAGGAUGAGAAGAUGGCAGCGCGGCUGCUCGCACCACCAGGCCCUGACAGUUUCAAGCCUUUCACCCCUGAGUCACUGGCAAACAUCGAGAGGCGCAUUGCCGAGAGCAAGCUCAAGAAGCCGCCCAAGGCCGAUGGCAGUCACCGGGAAGACGAUGAGGACAGCAAGCCCAAGCCAAACAGUGACCUGGAAGCAGGGAAGAGUUUGCCUUUCAUCUAUGGGGACAUCCCACAAGGCCUGGUCGCGGUUCCCCUGGAGGACUUUGACCCAUACUAUUUGACGCAGAAAACCUUUGUAGUAUUAAACAGAGGGAAAACUCUCUUCAGAUUCAGUGCCACGCCUGCCUUGUACAUUUUAAGUCCUUUUAACCUGAUACGAAGAAUAGCUAUUAAAAUUUUGAUACAUUCAGUAUUUAGCAUGAUCAUUAUGUGCACUAUUUUGACCAACUGUGUAUUCAUGACUUUUAGUAACCCUCCUGAAUGGUCGAAGAAUGUGGAGUACACGUUCACAGGGAUUUAUACAUUUGAAUCACUAGUGAAAAUCAUCGCAAGAGGUUUCUGCAUAGAUGGCUUUACCUUUUUACGGGAUCCAUGGAACUGGUUAGAUUUCAGUGUCAUCAUGAUGGCAUAUGUGACAGAGUUUGUGGACCUGGGCAAUGUCUCAGCGCUGAGAACAUUCAGGGUUCUCCGAGCUUUGAAAACUAUCUCUGUAAUUCCAGGUCUGAAGACUAUUGUGGGCGCCCUCAUUCAGUCCGUGAAGAAGCUGUCAGACGUGAUGAUCCUGACAGUGUUCUGCCUGAGUGUUUUUGCCUUGAUCGGGCUGCAGCUGUUCAUGGGGAACCUGCGGAACAAGUGUGUGGUGUGGCCCAUAAACUUCAACGAGAGCUACCUUGAAAAUGGCACCAAAGGCUUUGAUUGGGAAGAGUAUAUCAACAAUAAAACGAAUUUUUACACGGUUCCUGGCAUGCUGGAACCUUUACUCUGUGGGAACAGUUCUGAUGCUGGGCAAUGCCCAGAGGGAUACCAGUGUAUGAAAGCAGGAAGGAACCCCAACUAUGGUUACACGAGCUUUGACACUUUCAGCUGGGCCUUCUUGGCAUUAUUUCGCCUUAUGACCCAGGACUAUUGGGAAAACUUGUAUCAGUUGACCUUACGAGCAGCUGGGAAAACAUACAUGAUUUUCUUCGUCUUGGUCAUCUUUGUGGGUUCUUUCUAUCUGGUGAACUUGAUCUUGGCUGUGGUGGCCAUGGCCUAUGAGGAGCAGAAUCAGGCAACCCUGGAGGAAGCAGAGCAGAAAGAGGCUGAAUUCAAAGCAAUGUUGGAGCAGCUUAAGAAGCAGCAGGAAGAGGCACAGGCUGCUGCAAUGGCCACUUCAGCAGGCACUGUCUCCGAAGACGCCAUAGAGGAAGAGGGUGAAGAAGGGGGAGGCUCCCCUCGGAGCUCAUCUGAACUUUCUAAACUCAGUUCCAAGAGUGCCAAAGAAAGACGAAACAGGAGAAAGAAAAGGAAGCAAAAGGAGCUGUCUGAAGGAGAGGAGAAAGGGGAUCCUGAGAAGGUGUUUAAGUCAGAGUCAGAAGAUGGCAUGAGGAGGAAGGGCUUUCGGCUGCCGGACAACAGAAUAGGGAGGAAGUUUUCCAUCAUGAAUCAGUCACUGCUCAGCAUUCCGGGCUCGCCAUUCCUCUCCCGCCACAACAGCAAAAGCAGCAUCUUCAGCUUCAGGGGGCCCGGGCGGUUCCGGGACCCGGGCUCGGAGAACGAGUUUGCGGACGACGAGCACAGCACGGUGGAGGAGAGCGAGGGCCGCCGCGACUCGCUCUUCAUCCCGAUCCGGGCGCGCGAGCGCCGCAGCAGCUACAGCGGCUACAGCGGCUACAGCCAGGGCAGCCGCUCCUCGCGCAUCUUCCCCAGCCUGCGGCGCAGCGUGAAGCGCAACAGCACGGUGGACUGCAACGGCGUGGUGUCCCUCAUUGGCGGCCCCGGCUCCCACAUCGGCGGGCGGCUCCUGCCAGAGGUGAAAAUAGAUAAGGCAGCUACUGACCACAGUGCUACAACUGAGAUAGAAAUAAAGAAGAAAGGCCCUGGAUCUCUCUUAGUUUCCAUGGACCAACUGGCCUCCUAUGGACGGAAAGAUAGAAUCAACAGUAUAUUGAGUGUUGUUACAAAUACACUAGUAGAAGAGCUGGAAGAGUCUCAGAGAAAGUGCCCGCCGUGCUGGUAUAAAUUCGCCAAUACUUUCCUCAUCUGGGAGUGUCACCCCUACUGGAUAAAACUGAAAGAGAUCGUGAACUUGAUUGUCAUGGACCCUUUUGUGGACUUGGCCAUCACCAUCUGUAUUGUCCUGAAUACACUGUUCAUGGCAAUGGAGCACCAUCCUAUGACGCCACAAUUUGAGCAUGUCUUGGCUGUGGGAAAUCUGGUGUUCACUGGAAUUUUCACAGCGGAAAUGUUCCUGAAGCUCAUAGCCAUGGAUCCCUACUAUUAUUUCCAAGAAGGUUGGAACAUUUUUGACGGAUUUAUUGUCUCCCUCAGUUUAAUGGAACUGAGUCUAGCAGACGUGGAGGGGCUUUCGGUGCUGCGAUCUUUCCGAUUGCUCCGAGUCUUCAAAUUAGCCAAAUCUUGGCCCACCCUGAACAUGCUGAUCAAGAUUAUUGGAAAUUCAGUGGGUGCGCUGGGCAACCUGACCCUGGUGCUGGCCAUUAUUGUCUUCAUCUUUGCUGUGGUGGGGAUGCAGCUCUUCGGAAAGAGCUACAAAGAGUGUGUCUGCAAGAUCAACCAGGACUGUGAACUCCCUCGCUGGCACAUGAAUGACUUUUUUCAUUCCUUCCUCAUUGUCUUUCGAGUGUUGUGUGGAGAGUGGAUCGAGACCAUGUGGGACUGCAUGGAGGUGGCAGGCCAGGCCAUGUGCCUCAUUGUCUUCAUGAUGGUCAUGGUUAUUGGCAACUUGGUGGUGCUGAACCUGUUUCUGGCCUUGCUCCUGAGCUCCUUCAGUGCAGACAAUCUGGCAGCCACGGACGAUGAUGGGGAAAUGAACAACCUACAAAUCUCAGUCAUCCGUAUUAAGAAGGGUGUGGCGUGGAUCAAACUGAAAGUACGUGCCUUCAUGCAGGCCCACUUCAAGCAGCGUGAGGCAGAUGAGGUGAAACCUUUGGACGAGCUGUAUGAAAAGAAGGCCAACUGCAUCGCCAACCACACUGGUGCAGACAUCCACCGGAAUGGUGACUUCCAGAAGAAUGGCAAUGGCACUACCAGUGGCAUUGGCAGCAGCGUGGAGAAGUACAUUAUUGAUGAGGACCACAUGUCCUUCAUCAACAAUCCCAACCUGACCGUGCGGGUGCCCAUUGCUGUAGGCGAGUCUGAUUUUGAGAACCUCAACACAGAGGACGUUAGCAGCGAGUCGGAUCCUGAAGGCAGCAAAGAUAAACUGGAUGAUACCAGCUCCUCUGAAGGAAGCACCAUCGACAUCAAACCAGAAGUCGAAGAAGUCCCUGUGGAACAGCCUGAGGAAUACUUGGAUCCAGACGCCUGCUUCACGGAAGGUUGUGUCCAGCGAUUCAAGUGCUGCCAGGUCAACAUUGAAGAAGGGCUAGGCAAGUCAUGGUGGAUCCUGCGGAAAACCUGCUUCCUCAUCGUGGAGCACAAUUGGUUUGAGACCUUCAUCAUCUUCAUGAUUCUGCUCAGCAGUGGCGCCCUGGCCUUCGAGGACAUCUACAUCGAGCAGAGAAAGACCAUCCGCACCAUCCUGGAGUACGCUGACAAAGUCUUCACCUACAUCUUCAUCCUGGAGAUGCUCCUCAAGUGGACGGCCUAUGGCUUCGUCAAGUUCUUCACCAACGCCUGGUGCUGGCUGGACUUCCUCAUUGUGGCUGUCUCUUUAGUCAGCCUUAUAGCUAAUGCCCUGGGCUACUCGGAACUAGGUGCCAUAAAGUCCCUUAGGACCCUAAGAGCUUUGAGACCCUUAAGAGCAUUAUCACGAUUUGAAGGGAUGAGGGUGGUGGUGAAUGCCUUGGUGGGCGCCAUCCCCUCCAUCAUGAAUGUGCUGCUGGUGUGUCUCAUCUUCUGGCUGAUUUUCAGCAUCAUGGGAGUUAACCUGUUUGCGGGAAAGUACCACUACUGCUUUAACGAGACUUCUGAAAUCCGAUUUGAAAUUGAGAUUGUCAACAAUAAAACUGAUUGUGAAAAGCUCAUGGAGGGGAACAAUACGGAAAUCAGAUGGAAGAAUGUGAAGAUCAAUUUCGACAACGUCGGGGCCGGCUAUCUGGCGCUCCUUCAAGUGGCAACCUUCAAAGGCUGGAUGGACAUCAUGUACGCAGCCGUAGAUUCCCGAAAGCCUGAUGAGCAGCCUAAGUAUGAGGACAACAUCUACAUGUACAUCUAUUUUGUCAUCUUCAUCAUCUUCGGCUCCUUCUUCACCCUGAACCUGUUCAUUGGUGUCAUCAUUGAUAACUUCAAUCAACAAAAGAAAAAGUUUGGAGGUCAGGACAUCUUCAUGACUGAAGAACAGAAGAAGUACUACAAUGCCAUGAAAAAGCUGGGCUCAAAGAAACCGCAGAAACCCAUCCCCCGCCCCCUGAACAAAAUCCAAGGCAUCAUCUUUGAUUUUGUCACUCAACAAGCCUUUGACAUUGUUAUCAUGAUGCUCAUCUGCCUUAACAUGGUGACGAUGAUGGUGGAGACAGACACUCAGAGCAAGCAGAUGGAGAACAUCCUCUACUGGAUCAACCUGGUCUUCGUCAUCUUCUUCACCUGCGAGUGCGUGCUCAAGAUGUUUGCCCUGAGGCACUACUACUUCACCAUCGGCUGGAACAUCUUCGACUUCGUGGUGGUCAUCCUCUCCAUCGUGGGAAUGUUCCUGGCUGAUAUAAUUGAGAAAUACUUUGUUUCCCCAACCCUAUUCCGAGUCAUCCGAUUGGCCCGUAUUGGGCGCAUCUUGCGUCUGAUCAAAGGUGCCAAAGGGAUUCGUACCCUGCUCUUUGCCUUAAUGAUGUCCUUGCCUGCUCUGUUCAACAUCGGCCUUCUGCUCUUCCUGGUCAUGUUCAUCUUCUCCAUCUUUGGGAUGUCCAAUUUUGCAUAUGUGAAGCAUGAGGCUGGCAUCGAUGACAUGUUCAACUUUGAGACAUUUGGCAACAGCAUGAUCUGCCUUUUUCAGAUCACAACCUCAGCUGGUUGGGAUGGCCUGCUGCUGCCCAUCCUCAACCGCCCCCCGGACUGCAGUCUGGAUAAGGAACACCCAGGGAGUGGCUUCAAGGGAGACUGUGGGAAUCCCUCAGUGGGCAUCUUCUUCUUUGUAAGCUACAUCAUCAUCUCCUUCCUAAUUGUUGUGAACAUGUACAUUGCCAUCAUCUUGGAGAACUUCAGUGUAGCCACAGAGGAGAGUGCAGACCCUCUGAGUGAGGACGACUUUGAGACCUUCUAUGAGAUCUGGGAGAAGUUCGACCCCGAUGCCACCCAGUUCAUCGAGUACUGUAAGCUGGCAGACUUUGCAGAUGCCUUGGAGCAUCCUCUCCGAGUGCCCAAGCCCAACACCAUUGAGCUCAUUGCCAUGGAUCUGCCAAUGGUCAGUGGGGAUCGCAUCCAUUGCUUGGACAUCCUUUUUGCCUUCACCAAGCGGGUCCUGGGAGAUAGCGGGGAGUUGGACAUCCUUCGGCAGCAGAUGGAGGAGCGGUUCGUGGCAUCCAAUCCUUCCAAAGUGUCUUACGAGCCAAUCACGACCACCCUGCGGCGCAAACAGGAAGAGGUGUCAGCAGUGGUCCUGCAGCGCGCCUACCGGGGACAUUUAGCAAGGCGGGGCUUCAUUUGCAAAAAGACAACUUCCAAUAAGCUAGAGAAUGGAGGCACACACCGGGAGAAAAAAGAGAGCACUCCGUCUACAGCCUCCCUCCCAUCCUAUGACAGUGUAACUAAACCUGAGAAAGAGAAACAGCAACGGGCAGAGGAAGGAAGAAGGGAAAGAGCCAAAAGACAAAAAGAGGUCAGAGAAUCCAAGUGUUAGAGGAGAGCAAAGAGUAAAUAUUGUACAGAUUUAAAACUUGCAAGUGAAAGGUUGUUUACAAACUUCCUGAAUAUUAUCAAUGCAGAACAGCUGUGGAGACACUCUCUCCUGAAGAUCUAUACCAAACGUAGUCUGCUUACCAUGUCACACGGUUGCAUCUUGAGCAGUGACCUGCCAAGGGCAAAGGACCCUGCUCCCUGGACUCACAGAUUUUCUAAUGCUUGGGCAGGUGGUUACUGCAUGUUCCACAUCAGUCAAUGCAACUUAGGACAAAACUAACAGGAUACAAAAACAGAGGAGAGGCUGCCGGGACCAGCAUAUUUCCGUUGCAGCCAAAUGGAUUUUAUUUUUUCAUUUCGUUGAUUCUCAGAAGCAGAGAGCAUCACUUUAAAAGUUUGUUUGUUCAUGCAAACUAUAUUUGCAUUCUUACAUUAGUUAAGCUAAGCAGCAAAAAGAAAAAACACACACACACUCACAUUUAG